CGCCCCUUCAGUCUCAGUGGGCGGGGUCAGCACAUGUGUCAGCAGCAGCAGCAUGAGUCAGUCAGUCCAACAAUCUCACCCUCAUCCACUGUUUCAAACUCUCAGAAAUGUGUCUCCUCUGCAUCACAGCAUAAAGGACAUUGACUGAAUCACAGCACCUUCCUCUCUCUUCAUCAUCAUCAUCAUCAUCAUGUCUGGGAAGUCGGACGGAGUGCAGAAGAAGUGGGCGGCCGUGAAGGUUCGACUGGGUUCGUCUCAGGACAUGGACAGCCCGCAGGAGGCCAACCUGGAGAACGCAGAGCCGGAGCUGUGCAUCCGUCUGCUGCAGGUGCCCAGCGUGGUCAACUACUCCGGCCUGAAGAAGCGUCUGGAGAGAAGCGACGAGGCCUGGAUGGUGCAGUUCCUGGAGCUCUCGGGGCUCGACCUGCUUCUGGAAGCCCUGGAUCGGCUGUCGGGACGCGGAUGCUCUCGGAUCGCAGACGCUCUGCUGCAGCUCACGUGCGUCAACUGCGUGAGAGCCGUCAUGAACUCGUCCGCCGGGAUUCACUUCAUCGUGGAUAAUGAGGGAUACGUGCGCAAGCUGUCGCAGGCUUUGGACACCUCCAACACCAUGGUGAAGAAGCAGGUGUUCGAGCUGCUGGCGGCCCUCAGCAUGUUCUCCUCCGAGGGACACCGGCUCGCUUUAGACGCGCUGGACCAUUACAAGUCUGUGAAGACGCAGCAGUAUCGAUUCAGUGUGAUCAUGAACGAGCUUCGAGCCACUGAUAACGUGCCUUACAUGGUGACCCUUCUGAGCGUCAUAAACGCCCUCAUCUUCAGCGCCGACGACCUGCGGCAACGGGACAAGAUGCGCAAGGAGUUUAUCGGAUUACAACUGCUUCACCUACUGCCAAAGCUGAGAGAAGAGGACGAUGAAGACUUGAUCAUCCAGUGCGAGGCGUUUGAAGAGGCCAUGGCUGAGGAUGAGGACGAGCUCCUGAGGCUUUAUGGAGGAAUUGACAUGAGCAACCAUCAGGAAGUCUUCUCAUCUCUGUUUAAUAAGGUGAGCAGUUUCCCGUCUUCACUGCAGCUGUUGUCUAUAUUACAAGCCCUUCUUCUUCUGGGUCCCGAGCGAGCAGAUAUCUGGCAGGCGCUGGAGUCGCUCACGAACCGGGCCACGCUGAUCGCUCAGAGCUCUGAGAUGGAUGCGUGCGAGAAGAUUCUGCAGCGUCUCGUCUUCUCUAAGGAAGCAGCCAAAAGUUCUUCUGAGGUCAAAAGAAAGAAUCAAGCCGUUCAGACUGAGGCGAAAGACGAGAAACUGGAGUGUUCUUGCAGAUCAACCAACCAUGAACCACUGCGCAACUCCACAAAGACUGUACCACCACCACCUCCUCCUCUGCCCGGCAUGCAGCCUCCCCUCAAAACAGGAGCUGGACCUCCUCCUCCACCACCACCACCUCCUCCACCUCCUGUACCAGGAUCAGGGAUGCCUCCACCUCCUCCUCCUCCUCCUCCUCCACCUCUUCCUGGGAUGGGUUCUGCAGGUCCACCACCGCCUCCACCUUUACCUGGUAUGGGUGCACCGCCGCCGCCUCCUCCUCUGCCAGGAAUGGGUGCUCCUCCUCCUCCUCCUCCUCCUCCUGGUAUGGGUGAUGUGAUCGUGGCGCAGACGUUUCAUCCGGUUGGGCAACGCUACAGCGCCCCGGUGAAGACCGGCCCUCAUCCCACCCUCAGGAUGAAGAAACUCAACUGGCAGAAACUCAAUUCUAGAGCAGUUACUGAUGGUCCUUCUCUGUGGGCGUCUGUCACAAAUGAUUCAUCCCUGGAGCCGAACUACACCAGCAUCGAGCAGCUCUUCAGUCUGCCAGUGUCUGAACCCAAAGACAAGAACCCGGCCGCCCCCGUCAAGAAAGAACCCAAAGAGAUUUCCUUUAUUGACGCCAAGAAGAAUCUGAACCUGAAUAUAUUUCUGAAGCAGUUCAAGUGCUCUCAUGAGGAGUUUGUGGCGAUGGUGCAGAAUGGAGACUGUUCGAAAUUUGACGUUGAGUCUUUGAAACAGCUUCUGAAACUGCUUCCGGAAAAACAUGAGAUUGACAACUUAAAAACCUUUCAAGGAGAUCCAGACAAACUGGCCAACGUGGACCGCUUUUACCUCUCUCUGCUGGCUGUACCCUGUUACCAGCUGAGGAUUGAAUGCAUGUUACUCUGUGAGGAGACGCUGUCGGUGCUUGAUAUCCUGAAGCCGAAGGUUGAGCUGGUGGAAACGGCCUGUGAAAGUCUCAGGAAAAGUUCACUGCUGCCCAGUUUCUGCAAGCUCAUCCUUGAUGUUGGAAACUUCCUCAACUAUGGAAGUCACACAGGAAACGCUGAGGGAUUCAAGAUUAGUUCCCUGUUGAAACUCACUGAAACCAAAGCAAACAAGAGUCGCAUCACCCUCUUACAUCACAUCCUGGAGGAAGCCGAAUUAAACCACCCAGAGCUGCUGAACCUUCCAGAAGACAUCGAGGCCUGUGAGAUAGCGGCCGGCGUAAAUCUGGACUCGAUUCAGGCAGAAACAAAUAAUCUUCUAAAGAGACUGAAAGAUGCAGAGAAAAGAGUGUCUUCAUCAGUCGAGGAUGUCAAGGAGCAGUUUUUAGGGGUUAUAGAGAGGAACCUGACGGCGUGUAAAGCUCUGGAGGAGCGUUUUACCAACAUAGACAACAGGAAAGGAGAUCUGGCUCAGUAUCUCUGUGAAGACGCCGGUCAGCUCUCGCUGGAUGAACUCUUCAGCACCAUCAAGACCUUCCGUCAGCUCUUCCUCAAAGCCUUAAAGGAAAACAAGAUCCGUAAAGAACAAGCUGCCAAAGCCGAGAAAAGAAAACAGCAGCUGGCGGAGGAGGACUCCAAGAGACAGAAAGGAGAAGAUGGGAAGAUAAUCAGAAAAGGGCCUGUGCCGCAGGAAGACGGCUGCAUCAUCGAUCAACUCUUGGCGGACAUUCGGAAGGGUUUCCAUCUGAGAAAGACUCGUCCCAGGUGCGAAACGGAAAGUGCCCCUUCUAGUGAAAUGCAUAGGGAUACGGGACCGUCCGCAGCAAGUGUCAGGUCUGUCGGAGACGAAGCUGGAUCGUCUGCGGUCGGAACGUCUCUGGCAGUCCUGGAUUCUUCUCCAGAAGAUCCGGCCAAAGGUUGCGGCCCGAAUCCCAGAGGUGAAGCAACCUUGUUGGGUAACGGUGAGCCAAAGAGCCUUCCUUCAGACGUAAAGGAGCCUGGAUCACCUCAAACCAUCACUGCGAUCGACUCUACACUCAUGGAUUUACCACAAAACCAGCCUGUGAGCACCAGGACUGAGAAGCCUUGCACAGACACACCCGCUCAGGAACGAACCGCAGCAGAUCAGCCUGACGUGUCACCCAGCUGCCUUACUAAUCCACACCUACAAAAUCAUAAUGCAAAUAAUAUCAGGUCAGCGGACGAUGAUGCGACUCGCUCUGCAUCAGUAAAUGCAACUGACCGUGACGAGAAUAAAGACGGAUGCGUCGACCACCCGCUGCAGUCGAGUAACGCUUACACCGAUGACAUCAGUAAGGAGUCGUCAGGAAACCAUGUUCCGACACCUGAUGAAGUAGACGGAGUGACGCCACAAGCCACGCCCACUCCUUCUCUAGACUCCGCCCACACGAAACCUGAUAAAAAGAAACCGCUCUUCCAAAGAAACAAAAAAAGCAGUAAUGAAGGAAGCUCCAGGAAAAGGAGAACAAAAGGGCGAAGGAAAAGUUGAGCGCGUUCCUGCUGUGAUCCUGUUAUCCCGUCGGAUCUGGAGUCUGCUUAGCGGAGGAACAACUAAUGGCGUGCUUUAAAGAAAUACAAUCUGCGUAUUAGAGUUUGGCCUGAAGUGUUUUUAAAUGCUACAUAUUUAGAUUUGACCAAACUAUUUUUAAUAUUUGCACUCCAUAAGAUAUGUUUAUAUUCCAAAACUUUGUUUACAUAAAGAGCGGUUCGAGGAGAGAGAAAAAAUGUCUGAUCAUGAACCUUUAAAAGUCUGUACUGUUUAAGAAACCUUUAAGAUAACCUGCUGUUCACUAUUAAUAUUGCUCUGAAUCAUGUUAGCUUUAUAUAUUAUAAAAAUAUAGUAUUAUUUUGUUCUUACAAUAUCAGUUCUAAAGUAUUAGUCAUAAAAUUUCUCAGCAGAAAUGAUUAUAUUUUGCGCUUGCAGUGGUUGAGCUGGACUGUUGAGUAUUUUCAUUUGAGUGACUUGUCAGUAUGUAUUUUCAUGUACGUCAAGAAAAUCUAUAAAUUAUAUAUAAAUAAAAAUGUGCAAUCAG